UGGCCCUCGUUCGUGCCGUUACCAUGGCAACCACCUCCUUUCCCGCCGCUUGAAACGAUGAUGAAGAACAGCAUCAUCAUCGUCAUUUGGCGGCUAUGGGUGUAAUGGCGUGAGCGGUCGCGGGGGGGCGUUGAGAAACGAGGAUGCAGGAUUGUCCCGCAAAAAAGACGAGUCCUUGAACGCACCUCCUACCUCCUGCCUCCUGCCUCCUGCCUCCUGCUCUGUGCUCUGGUUCGGAGAGGACCGCGUUCGGGUGGAUUUGGAUUCCGGGUCAGAACCGAUGAGGAGGGAGGGGUGAGGAAGACUGCGGACAGAACAACCUUCACCCCCCCCCCCCCCACACCCCCACCCCGCCUCGCUGCAGGAGAGGCGUGACGCCCCGAACCGCAUCCCCACAAUGGCAGCGAAGACGGGCGGCGGCAGGUGACGUCCCGGCGAAUGGAAGCUGAUCGGAACCGGAGCCGAAAGAGAGAAUCGGUGUCGCCGAGACGGGAAUGUGGGCCGCCAUGUCUGAAGAGUCGACGUGAGAUAGGCCGGUACGUGAAGGGCCCGUCCGUGCGUGGAAAGGUUCCGACAAAUGGCGACGUCGUGAAAAGCUAUUUCUUACAUUAGGUCCUCCUAGACCGGGAUCCAAACGUGGACCCUGUGAUCCCGCACCGGGACCAGGAUGGGACCCAGAACCCCAAAGUGUCACCUCUUCCUGCUGGUCACCAUGACGCUGGUUUCCAUGGCGACGUCCGCUUCUCCUGUCCCAGCUGUUUUUGUCUCAGGCGGGCCGGACCGGAACAGAACAGCAGCGUCUUCGCCACGUCCUUCAUCCCCUUCAUCUUCCUCAUCGCCCCUCCAACCGGGACCCCGAGCAGCCGGUCCGGAGUCUGGUUACCAUGGCAACAGUGGCAGUCUCUCGGCAGAUGCGGGCGCUCAGGGAAUUCACCUCCUCCUCAGACCCCCUGACCUCCUGUCCCCCAGCCUGACUCCCCCUUUUGCCCCUCACAACCAGCCCACCAUGAGCCCCCCUCCCACCUGGGACCAAGGCAACUCGCUAGAGGAGGCCUGGGGUUCUGGAGACUACGUGGAGACGCUGUCCUUCGUGGUUCCCGAUGGGGAGGAGCUAGCACUAGCCACGCCUCUGCCCAGCCACCCCUACGACGAUGAUGAUGAUGUUGGUGACUGGGCGUCCCACGAGACCAUCUUACCCCCGCGCCCCACCCCCCCACUCAAGUCUCACAUCGUCCUCUCGCCAUCCUCCACCGCCCCCAGCAUCCCUCCCCACACGCGGCCCGCCCACCCGGAUGUCUUCCCCACCUGGGAUGACGACUAUGACCCCGAAGACCUGGCCCCGCUUCAGCCGACCGAGCUGCUGCUGCCUGACAUGAACAGUUUGGAAUACUACACCAACCUGUUGGCUAGAGAGCGGGGGAGGGGGGGGUCUCAGGAGGCUUCGCAGGAGGGCCAGGUCUUGACCAAACCCUCUGUCACUCCAACAGCAGUCUGCAACCAAACCCGAGCAGUUCCAAGUUCUGGUCCCCCUCCCGGGAAGGAGCCCGAGAGUCCCGCGGCAGUGCCCACCCCCGGUCCCAGCCUCCCACCCACCCUCACACAUGAGGAGGAGCCUCAAUCUGAGACACCCUCGGCCCCCUCUCCGGUUCCAGAACAAAAAGACCCCCUUCCGCCAAACACCAAACACCCCCCCACUUCUAACUCCACCAGUCGGGUGCGUCUGCCUCCGCCGCCCGUACCCCCCACCCUUCUGGACAGACCGGCAGAGGUCACCGCCAAGCCGGAGAAGACCACCACUACGACCCCCACCACGCAGAGGACCGCCAUCAGCUUGACGAGAGCACCGCCAGCAACCACCCCCAGGGUGGCCCAGACCCCCGCCAGCAAACAGUACUUGUGCAACGUCACCAAGCCAGAGUCGUACCUGGUCAGAGUAGGUGGGACCAGAGGCUCCGUGGCCGGUUUCACCUUGGUCCGGGAUCUUUUGAGGAGGGAAUUUAACCGAUCGGUGGAGCUUCAGUUCUUGAGAACUCCUUCCAGUUUUGCCUUCCGUGUGGUGUCCGGUCCUUUGAUCUACACAGCCAUAUCGGUCAUCAAUGCCCUCCGCCGACCGCCACGUGUCUCAGGUUCGGUUCCCGCGGUGUCGGCCCUGUACACCGUGCCUGACCUCAGGUACCAGGUCCACACGGUGCUGCAGUUCGUUCCAGUCCACGUUGACGUCAGAGUGUGUAACUUCAGCGAGCGUGUCGAGAUCGGCCUAGUGAUGGCGUACAGCAAAACUCGGCAACGUUCUUCGGAGGCGGGCGGCGUUAGCGUCCAGCUGCUAAACAUCACGGUCAGCUCGGCAAGGCCGGCGGCGGAGCAGAAGGUUCCCGUCGACAUCACGUUCGCGGUUCGGGAUGGGAGGGGCUACUUGCCGGGUUCGGAGGUCAGCCAACACCUGAGGAAGCUCAGCAUGGUGGAGUUCAGCUUCUACAUCGGCUUUCCUGCUCUGCAGAUUGCUGAACCAUUUCAGUACCCUGAGCUCAACACCUCCCAUCACCUGCGAUCCACGUGGGUCCGCACGGUUCUCCUGGGCGUGGAGAACCAGCUGUCGUCCGAGCGAAGCUUUGGAGCUCGCGUGGAGCGGCGCUUGGCCCUGCUGCUCGAGGAAGGACUGGGACUUUCCGGCAGAAGGCGCUGGAGGAGAGCCACGGCUGUAGGCAACAGCAGCCUGCAGGUGGUGCGGGUGGCCAGGCUGUCCGGGCCAGAACGCCCUCUUGAGGUCUUAUAUUUUGUUGAGGGUCCGGGGGGCACACGGGUACCGGCGGAUGUGACAGCAGAAACCCUGAAUAGCUUAGACCUGCAGAGAGCCGCCAUCGUCCUGGGACACCAAGUCCAGAGACCGCUGGCCCAACCGGUGGAGACCAUGUCUGUCCCCCCAUCCGAGACCCAAAGCAGUAGCAUCUGGCUGAUCGUUGGCGUGAUCGUCCCGGUCUUUCUGGCCGUCUUCAUCAUCAUCAUCCUCUACUGGAAGCUAUGUGGAUCAGAGAAACUGGAGUUCCAGCCGGACGCCAUCAACACCAUCCAGCAGCGGCAGAAGCUUCAGGCCUCCAGCGUGAAAGGCUUCGACUUCGCCAAACUCCACCUGGGCCAGCACAGUAAAGACGACAUCAUGGUGAUCCAGGAGCCGGGACCGCUGCCGGCCCCCACCAAGGAGGCCACGCCCUCUGAUGGCGGUGACCUCAACACUCCCAAAUCAAAAGGGUCGUCCACCAAAACUACGAGAGCAAGCCGCCGCCACCGUGGAAGGACCAGCCCGUCAGACGCUGACUCGUUAGGCAGCGACCAAUCCAGCGGCAGAGAGUCGCCAGAGGAGAGUACUCGCCCUGUAGCCACGCCCAUGGAGGCCAAGCAGCAGAGGAAGCCGCCCAAAAACGCGCCGUCAGGCGGUCCAGAUGAGCUGUUGUCCUCAUCCUCCAUCUUUGAACACGUGGAUCGUCUUUCUCGUGGCUCGUCUGACGGCGCGCGGCGUCCAGCUAGCAAGGUGCAGCUCAUCGCCAUGCAGCCGCGUCCGAGCCCGCCGUCGACCAAGCCCAGCCCCUCCCUCAGCGAAAAGGUCAACACAGAGGUGAGACGGGUGCGAAUGACAUCAUCUCAGACGGGCGCUGACAUCCUGGCGGUCCCGCAGGUGGCGCUGCGACACAAGUCGGAAAUGGAGCACCAUCGGAACAAACUCCGGCAGCGCGCCAAGAGGCGGGGCCAGUGUGAAUUCCCGUCCAUGGAUGACAUCAUGGACGCUUUUGGAGACGGGCCGGUCCAGAGUGAGGUUGCUCAGCGUCUCUACAGCUCCGCCCACGACCACAUGGACUGCAUCCUACAGGGGGACACCCCGUCCCCUCCCAGGUCGGACUUGAGAGGGAGGCGCUCUCCUCGGGGUCGGCGGGCUCAGCCGGGACCUGGAAGUCUUCCUGACACAGACCAGGAUCGGCUGCUUGUGGACCAGGGUGCCACCUACAGGAAGUACCCAGGACUCAACAACGUGGCCUACAUGUCUGAUCCGGACCUGCCUCCGGACCACGGGAGCCCCUCUCCCACCGAUGAGGUGUUUGACCCCGCCCCGGUCCCGCCCCCUUACAUGCCACCGCAGCCGUCCAUCGAGGAAGCCCGGCAGCAGAUGCACUCCCUCCUGGACGACGCCUUUGCUCUGGUCUCUCCAUCCUCGCAAGGCAGCGCCGGGUUGAGCGGUGUAAGCCCCGCCCUCCCCGGCCCAUCCGCACAGGCCGGCCCCCUGGGAAGGCAGUGGGGGUCCUACCCGUCCGGCCCCUCCCACAGCCCCCUGUCCCCGAGAUACGCUGAGCUGGGAGUUUCUCCGACCUCCGCUCAGGGAGGCCAAGGUCAUCUGCAAAGGCAGGGUUCAGGAGGCUUUGUUUCCGCUGGAGACCAGCUGCAGGAGCCCCCGUACUCCAGCAGGGGGCAGUACAAAAAGCCGCCCUCAUCCUCCAGACCCCGUCCCGUGGGGGGCAGCGCAGGUGUGCAGCUCCACCACCUGACCCAGGUGGGCUUGUCCAGCCAGAUUGGCGCCUACCCCGGGGUGGGCCGCAGCGCCUCAGGUCCGACCAGCUCCUGUUGGCACCAACAGCACUCAGAGCAGGACCUCUCCAGACCCGGAGGCAGCAGGGAGAACGUGCUGUCCUUUCCCGACUUCUCGUCGUCUCUUUUCCAGAUGCCGAGCUCCUCGCUUCGGGAUGUGUCAGCGCCACCGCUUCUUCUGACCUCGCCGACUCCAGAAUAUCUGCCCGAGGACGCCUCGCCCUCCGCUCUUAGCUCCGCCUCCUUGAUCAAGGCCAUCAGGGAGGAGCUUCGCCGCCUGGCGCAAAAACAGGCUGUGACCAGCUACCCUUAAGACCCGCUUUUGGCUGCCGAAGGACUAACUUGAAAUAGGAGAUCACCCCCAACCAAAAGCAUUCCCUCCGGAAAGUUACAGGGUUCCAUCUGUCCGUCAGUCGUCUUCGGCCUCAGCGUCCGUUCAUCUCUCGUCUUUCUGAAGAAAUCCUAAACCUUUGCGGUGGAUUUGAUCAUCUUGGAGGGCUUGAGAAGUCUUCCCAAAAGGUUGCUGACGCUCGGAAGCGUUCUGGACGGGAAUGUCAAGCGGACAUCCUGACCUUCUGUGGUGCUACUCGUCAGUCUCUCGUCACGGAUCACACAUUGCCUUCCACACGUCCUGUCAGCCAGACCAGAUGUCCGUCUUAAAAGCCAAUCAGCGAGGCCUUGCUAGCGUAGUUUGGAGUUGUGACGCGUCAAAGAAGAAGACACAUGUCCAUCAUGUUCCCAAUGAGCACAAUAUUCCUGUUUCUAUGGUGUAUAUAGAGUAAAUAUAGAACUCGGCGUUCCGGUCAAAGUGUUUAUUUUCCAGAAAAAAGACCAGACUCCUGUCGUAUGCUCGUACUCGUAUCGUACUUACAAGGUUAGCAUAGCCGCUCGCCGCUGUUCACGUGUUGAAGAACCUAGCGCUAAUUGUUAGCUUGCGUAUCAUUGUGGUGAAGCACAGAGCCAGAGGACAGUUGACUUUGUGGAGGGAAACCGGUCCGGACCACGGACACAAGACCACCACGUCUGGUUCUCCCUGCUGAUUGGCAGCUGUCUCUCUGACGUUGUGAUGACGUCAUUGCUCCUAGCCAGUCGAUGUUUGUCUCUGCUACUUUACUUCAUGUUAGCAUGCUGCUGAUGUUAGCAUGUUGCUAAGAGAGAUUUGAUUUGCUUGGGGAAAAAAGACAUCCGAAGGAAAAGGCAGACACUUUGUGAUUGGACCGUUCACAUGUCAGUUAAGCUGUGGGGGCGUGGUCGCAGGAUCACAUGGUGCUAAUAAUUGUUUCAUGAGCUGAUAACAUUUGUUUUCUUGAUUGUUAUUUUCAACAUCACCAGCAUUAAAGACAUGAGUUUAAUGUA